AUGGUAGCUGGAUACGUUCUUGUUUCUUUAACGAUCUGGAUCGCUGCCAGAGUUUCUCCGAAAGAAUGGAGAGAGAUCGAGCCGUGCGAGGAGUGCCUAUGGAAAAAAUAUGGAGAAGAGUGCGAACACCUCUCUUGUGAGGGCACUUCUGGAAUAUGCAGCGACGAAUCCGAGGAUGAAAUUUCAGAAAUAGAUCAUUUCGGAGAAUGUAUUGAAAAAGUGCCGAGUAGGAUGAAUUACAAGGUUGUCAAGUUUUUAUCUCAGAUUAAUUGCACAUAA